UGUGCGCCUGUGGCCCUUUCCCUCCUUUCUGCCUGGCCGGUCAUCCUUUUGUCCUGUAGUUCCUCAAAGAGGUUUGUCACCGGAUGGUUGCUGGGGUGAGGGCAUGUGAGAUGUUGGUGGGUGUGCCCCCCCCCCCCCCCCCCCCCCCCGCAAGGGAAACGUAGAGUCAGCAGAUAUGCUUCCGGAAGGUGCUGAAUUUUCUGCCCUUCUAAGCAGGGGAUCUUAGCUUGUUCCUUUGUCAAAGGAUCUUUGAUACAAAAGCUGGGUCCCAGCUGUGUCUGACCAAGAGUCAAUCCAAGCCACCCAAUUCCCAGGGCUUGCUGCUUUGCACUGUUUUAUUCUGUCCAGGCUACUGUAACAGAAUACCAAAGACUGGGUGGCUUACAAGCCAUAGAAAUUUUCAGUUCUGGAGACUGGAAAACCCAUGAUCAAGGUACUGGUAGAUCUGGUGUCUGGCGAGAGCCAGCUCCUUGGUUCAUGAAUGGCUGAAGGGGUGAAGGAGCUCUGUGGGGUGUCUCUUAUGAGACACUAAUCUCAUGCAUGAGGGUUCCAUCCUCAUGACCCAGGCAUCUUCCAAAGAUCCCAUCUCCUAAUACCGUCACUUUGAGGCUCAGAUCUCAACCUGUAAAUUUGGAGUGUGUGUGUAAGGCGGGGAGGGGCGGGGGGACACAAUCAUUCAAUCUGUAGCAUGCGCAAAGAAACCAUAAAUUCUGGCUAAGACUGCCACCAAAUUCUAUUUCUUGCUGUGGCUUCUGUUUGCCUCCUUGUCACGCGAUCUUUCUGCUAUACUAGCAGAAAGCCAGAUUUUCGAGCCUGUGCUUCUACUGCCCUGCCCUGCAGAGCUACACUCCCAUCUGGUCCCCGAGUGAAUGAAUUCUGAGCCUUCUCCACGCCGCUCAAACCCCCUGGUCUGCUCUUUCCAUCUUCUUGCUGAGCGUUCCUGGUCUGUGCUUCCUCUCGGCCCAUUUCACUUCCUGAAACAGCCCUGAAGAGUGUUGCUUAUCUCGAUGGAGCUCGAGUGGCCCUCUGGGGGCAGGAGGCAGAGGCCUCGAGCGUGUCUGUCUGGGGAACUAAGAGAAGCGGCACUUUCAGAUUCAACCCACAUCGAACUGUCCUCCACGCUUCUGAUAGCCCAGGGAUGUGUGGCCCACAAAGGGGCAGAAAGUGAUUGCCCCUGGAUGGGCUCUCUCUAAGAAAAGCAGGGGUCUCCCAGGGAGUGUUCCACCAGAGAAGAGAAGGAAUGAGUGAGUCGUGAUGUUCAGACUGUCGCAGCUGCCCCUGGACCUCUAGCAAGAUGCCCGGAGAGAGCUAGGCUCACCGGGCCACACGGAUCCCGUCCACACGCCUGUUGCUUGGGAGUCGCCUCGGGGAGGGCAAGAUGGCUGUCAACAGCACUGCUCUGUUGAUGGCCAACGUCACCUACAUAACCAUGGAGAUUCUCAUCGGGCUCUGUGCCAUCGUGGGCAACGUGCUGGUCAUCUGGGUGGUCAAGCUGAACCCCAGCCUGCAGACCACCACCUUCUAUUUCAUUGUCUCCCUGGCCCUGGCUGACAUCGCCGUUGGGGUGCUGGUCAUGCCUUUGGCCAUUGUCAUCAGCCUGGGCAUCACCAUCCACUUUUAUAACUGCCUUUUCAUGACCUGCCUGCUGCUGAUCUUCACGCACGCUUCCAUCAUGUCCCUGCUAGCCAUUGCUGUGGACCGAUACCUGCGGGUCAAGCUCACAGUCAGAUACAGGAGGGUCACCACUCAAAGAAGAAUAUGGUUGGCCCUGGGCCUUUGCUGGCUGGUGUCGUUCCUGGUGGGACUGACGCCCAUGUUUGGCUGGAACAUGAAACUGACCUCAGAGUAUGACCAAAAUGUCACCUUCCUUUCCUGCCAGUUCAGUUCUGUCAUGAGGAUGGACUACAUGGUCUACUUCAGCUUCUUCACUUGGAUUUUAAUCCCUCUGAUUGUCAUGUGUGCCAUCUACCUUGACAUAUUCUAUGUCAUCCGGAAUAAACUCAAUCAGAACUUUUCGAGCUCCAAAGAGACAGGUGCAUUUUACGGACGGGAGUUCAAGACAGCCAAGUCUUUGUUUCUGGUUCUCUUCCUAUUUGCUUUGUCCUGGCUGCCUUUGUCUAUUAUCAACUGUAUCACCUACUUUCAUGGUGAGGUGCCGCAAAUCUUUCUGUACUUGGGCAUUCUGCUCUCCCAUGCUAACUCCAUGAUGAACCCUAUUGUCUAUGCUUAUAAAAUAAAGAAGUUCAAGGAGACCUAUCUUUUGAUCCUCAAAACCUGUGUGAUCUGCCAGUCCUCAGCCUUGGACCCAAGCACUGAUCAGACUUCUGAGUAGUUAUCCGGGAAAGAUGACUCUUCUCUCCAUUGACCUUCGGAUUCAGCGUCAGUAAAUACUUGAGGACCUAUCCACCUGAGCCACGGCCUUUCAUGUCCUUAAUUCCUUCUACUGAGAUGGGAAGCAUUUGACUGACUGCCUCCAACUGUACCUCCCCUAACAUCCCUUCCUGUAAUCCAAUUGUUUUCCUGUCUUUCUUCUCUAAUUCAAUGUUCUCGAAGCCUCACUUGAGGAGAAUGUUCUAUGGUCACUACUACUUGUGGUUCCUCCUCCCCAAACAGGAGAAGUCAUGGAAUCUGAAGGAUGCCUUGUUGACUUAGUGAUGAAAGUUCCUGGUCCCACUGGACAUGGGUGUGGUGGUGACUCAGUUCCACUCUUUGUGGCACCAGGCAGAGAAACCACACCAGCAGAGGCCGGGGAGAUGGCAGGACAGAGUGUCACAAAGGGGCACUGAAACUGCUGAGUUCACCUGUAAUUGUGUUUGAGUGAAUAAAAGAUGACCGCUAACUGUCGUGUAACUCUUUGCUGAGGGUCAAGGUCAUUUGGGGUUCACAGACCCAGCUGGCUGCUCUUGGCACUCAAGCUGCUUGCCACUGGGAACCACGCCAUGUUCACCUGUUUGAACUCUGGGCCUCUCACCCCUUGCCCUAGAACAUCCUGCUCCUUCUUCCUGGGCUGAUAGGAGCAUUUGCCAACUUCAUGAGUUGUUUGUCUAUUGUUAAGAGAAGGAUCAAAAGAGGCAGAAAAGAGACACGGGAUAGCUACUAUUUGUGGAGUGCUGUCUAUGUGCUAAGCACUUUCCAGACAUGAGCACUUCUGAUCCUGACCAUCUCUGAGGUCGGUGCCACGAUUAUUGUCCUGUCCAUUUUGCAGAAGGAAAAUGGACUUGUCUAUAGUCACACAGUUAACAAGUAAAGUGUAAAGCCGAGAUUUAAACUCAGCCCUACCUUUCGGGAGAACCCAAACUCCUCACCACCUAUUCUCAGGCAUGAAGAAGGACUUGUCACUUGUCCAAAGGCCAAACUCUCGAGUUCACCUAAUGGACAAUUACCAGAUGCAUGGAUCCAACAAUGAUUUGUGUGCUCAAGGACUCCUGGAUCUUGGGGGGAAGGUUGCCCUAGGUACUGUCACGGAUGUCUCAUUAAUCCAGACACCAGGCGGGGACAGAGUCCCAGUCACACACUUUCAGCACUGAAUGUGGCUCCGAAGAUUCAAGGGGACAUCAGAAGCACUUCAUAGUUUACAUAAUUUAUAUCCAAAUUUGUAACUUCGGACUCUCCCCAAACAAUGAAUGUUUGAGCCUAAUGAGAGCAACAAGAUGGGGAUUUCAAUUAAACCACUUCAAAGAGGGUAAAUGUACUUCAGAUUUUUUUUUUUAAGUAAUUCUUAGCCACUUCUGAAAGUUUAUCCUGAUGGCAAUCUUAGGCCAGAGCCCGAUAAUCAUAUUUAUCUAGUU